CCACACUCUCUAAGGGCAAGGUUGUUGUGUAGUAACCUUCACGACAAAGUGAAAAAUAUACAGCACCGAUCAGCUCACUUGUCAGCUCACGUAUUAUUUUUUGAUAUUUUGUGAUUUCACAGAUGAUUUAAGAUUUAGAAUUGCAAAUGCUACUGACUCAAAAUGAAGAUUGAUUGUAAUCCCUUACAAAGACGGCAGAUCUUGAUAUUUGCCAUUGGAUGGUUUGCUUAUGCUUCAACAUACUGCUUGAGGAAACCUUUAGGAGUUGUAAAGACAGACUUAGAAAAUGACCUGAAAUUCAGUAAAACACAGCUAGGAUUGUUGGACACAGCACUGUUACUCCCUUACGCAGUAAUGCAGAUGUUACUUGGAUCAUGCGGAGAUAGGUUUGGGCCAAGAAAAACAUUUGGUUUAUGUAUGAUAUUAUCAGGUAUAUCUAUGGCAUCAUUUGGAAUGUGGAGUAAUUUCUACAUGUUUAGUCUGCUGUUAUUCCUGAAUGGAUCUGCUCAGGCACAGUGCUGGCCCAACUGUAUGAAGGCAUUGGGAUCAUGGUAUUCUGAUAAAGUAAGAAACUCUGUGGCAGGAAUGUUCGGAACAUGUGCCUUUUCCGGCGGAAUUAUUGGAACAGCCCUUGCUGUAUGGCUUCAAACAUCAUAUGGCUGGAGAAGUGCAUUUCUGACACCGUCAUUAUUAGUUCUUGGUUUAGGUUUUGUGGUGUUACUGUUUUUCCAGCAGCCAGAUGAAGUAAACAUUGAGGUGGUUGGGAAAGUGUGUUAUAUUAUAGAGUCUAUAAAAAGCGCUGAAGGAUCAUCUAACAACAAUACAAAAUUAUCCUGGAUACAGCUGUGGAAAAUCCCGAUGUUAGCUGAAGUAGCUGUGGCUGUUUUCUGUCUGAAAGCAGUUAGAUAUUGUAUGUACAUGUGGCUACCCAUGUAUCUUUUAAAUCAGUUGCAAUAUUCAAAAGCGCAAGCAGGGAUGUUUUCCACAACGUUUGAGAUAGGUGGUGUUAUUGGAAGUGCUGUAAUAGGUUUAAUAAUAGAUAGGUUAUUUCAAGGUCGUUCCUUGUUUGGUACGGCAAUAUCUGCAGCUCUGUCGGGUAUAGCGCUGUUUUUAUUCAUGGUGACGGGUACAUGGGGUAUAGGGUUUAAUACUUUAUUUCUGUUUGUGGCUGGUGCAUUCAACUGUGGUCCAGAUGUCAUUCUAGGCGGUUCAGUGCCAGCAGAGUUAGGUGAAAUGGAUGGUCGAAAUGUGGCAGCAGCAACUGUAGGGUUGGUCAAUGGUUUUGGAAGUGUAGGGACAUUUAUAGAGGGUCCAGUAAUUGGCAUGAUAGCCACAGCGUAUGGCUGGUCAGGAAUGUUCUAUUUUAUGAUUGGUGUGACAUUUGUAGGAAGUUUUUCUGUAUUCAGGGCAUCUGUGAUCAAAAAUAGGUUACCUAAACCAUUACCUGAUGAAAUCCCACUUCAACAGGCAUUGAUUGAUGCUUAAUGCUUCAUAGAAAUAAUUCUAUUUUUAGCUUGUCUGUGUCAAGCUAAUGAUGGUGAUCUCUGCCACAUUGUCAUUGUUGUUGUCAUUUUGCAAAAACUUUAAUGUAGCCAUUUAUUCAAAUAUUUUUAUUUAAAGUUAUGAAAAUGAAACUUUGUAUACUUGUUUAUCAUGACAAGGUGCAGUUGUUUGACAAGGGGCAUAAUUCUGAAAGCAAUAUUUUUUUAGUUAAAUGCCCUUUUUUAACAAAAUUGACUUUUGUCCUUAACAGACGAGCAUUAACACCGUAUACGGUGAUCUUGCUUUAAAAUGUAAUCAAAGCCUUUAAAUACGAUUCAUUUUUUUUUGUAAAUAGAUCAUUUAACCUAUCUUAGGGAUAAUUUGUCCAAUCAUAAAACUGCCAUAACACUGUAUUGUUAGAGAAUGUAAGUUACAUUUCUAACCUUACAGUAUUUCUUUUCUGAUUUUAUGUUUGUUUUAAAGGAAUUUGAACAAACCUGAUAUGUGUUUUGUUGUACGUUAUUUGUUUUUAAUGAAAUGUGAACAAUUUGAAUGUCUGUGUAGCAAAUUUUAUUUUAUUUUUAUUUUAUGUACAAACUUACAUUAUUCAGUUGGUAAAAGCUUUAUAAUCUACAUUUGAAUUACAAAAAAAGGAAAGGGAGUCAUUAGAACUUCUACAAUAUUACUUUUAGCAAGACCAUAUUUGCAAAUAUUAUUGAUAUAUUUUCUUCUUGUUUGACAUAUUUUAUGACUUACUGAAAUCCACUUGUCAAAUUGUCAUAAUUGUUGUAUCACAGUUAUGUGCUUGUAUUUUACAUAUAACUUACAUUUUUACAAAAUGUGCGUCCGUGACUAAGUGGUUAAGGUCCUUGACUUUAAACCACUUGCUCCUUAACCACUGUGAUUUUGAAUCCUGUCAGAGAUUUUGGAUUCUUUCAUGUGAUGGAAGCUAUCCAGCCAGUUUACGAAACGUUGGUUGUUCUACUCAGGUACCACUUUGUGUCUGAAUUUAGGCUCGGAAGGGCACCUGAGGGUCUUCCUCCACCUGUUAAGCUGAAAAGUUGCUUACUUGAGUGAACUUUUCAAGUGAAUUUUCCUUGGCAAGAAUUGCAUAAGCCAUUGAAGCCACAAGAGCUGAAUACUGACAUUUAAAAAUUGGUCAACAUAUUUUUAAAUUAUAUUCUUUCCUCAAGUAUUAAAUCUACAUAUUCAACUGUAAAAUAAUGGCAUCUCAUCAGUGACAUCAUAAACGAUCACACUUGUAUUAAUGGAUCUUAAAGUGACAUUAUGCCCUUGUUUAAAUAUUGAUACUACAGGUAAAAGUCAAAAUAAGUUUACAUUUUGCCAUAUUUGUUUCUGAUUUCAUAUUGUAGUUUAAAUAAAUAUUCAAUAACCCACAUGGCGCUCAGAUAUUUCUAUAAAUAACCUUUUAGUGAUAAAAGUAGUGUCAUAUUGAGGGCAUUGAAUAUUUGGUGGUAACGGAGCAAUUGUCAGGCCAAAUAUUUUCAUAAUGCAUCAUCCACAGGGGUGAUUAAAUGGGGAUAUAUGCUUUUACCUUCUUGCUUUAAUUUUAAUACACAUAAAGUAGUUUUAUACAAUCAAAUGUUUUGAUACAUGUACUGAUGUUCUAACAAUGUUCAUAAUUAUGUACUAUAGGCAUAGAUUUUAUAAAUUAGUGUAAUAUUGAUUUUAACUAUUGUGUUCUAUGUUUUGUAAUUUCUUGAAAGACAAAAUGAGCCGCGUCACGACAAAACCAACAUGAUGCUGUUCGCUUACAACCCCUAUAACAAGUAGUGAAACUGAUAACGAACAGCAUGGAUCCUGAUCAGACUGCGCUGAUGCGCAGGCUGGUCUGGAUCCAUGCUGGUCGCAAACCAUUUAUGUUGGUUUUGUCGUGACGCGGCUCAUAUUAAAUUACAUCUAUGCAUAUGAUUUCUUUCUAUUGUGUUCUUAUUGUAUAAAAGAUAUGUGUUUUAGCCCACAAUUUUCUAUAUUUAUAAAAUUGAAUAUUGUGAGAUAACUGUGAUGUUAUUUAUACAUAAUGGAUGUGUGUAAUUUAUGCAUAGUGGACGAGUA